AUGGCUAGUGGUUCUAUUCUUCGUAAAUUAAAACCUAGUCAAGUUGUCGAAAUGACAAAAUCAUUUAUGGAAUUCGAUACCAAUGAUAAUGGUUCUAUUACAGCUGAAGAAAUGAAAGAAUGUCUUCAUCGAUCAAAUGUUGCAUAUAAAGAUGCUGAAGUUAAUGCAGUUAUAUCAAAUAUGGAUAGUAAUCAAGAUGGUACAGUAUCAUAUGAAGAAUAUAUGAAAUUUAUGGCUGCUAUGAAUUCUGAACAAUCAAAUCAAAAUCUACCAAGACAAUCAUCAAAAGCAAAUCAACCUUCCAAAAAAAACUAA